CCUUGUCUCAUUACCGCCAUCCUUGGAUCAAACAAAUUUCUUCCUGCCCAAGAAACUAGAUUUAUAGGACAUUAUUGCUCAGGCCUUUCUCGGAACGAGGUGGCAUUUUCUGGUUCUACAGUGAAGUAAUUCUUCAGAAAAAAUGGCGACGCGUCUACCACAGGAGCUCAUCGAUAAAAUCCUCGACGAUCUAGACGGAGACCCAUUCUCGACAAUCUCCACGUACCGGUCAAUUUCCCUGGCAAACAGCUGUUUCACUCCCUCUGCGCAGAAGCGGCUGCUCCGGAACAUUAAGCUUCUCCGACGAUCCUGCAGGCAGUUCAAUGCACUCCUGACGGAAUCACCUCAUGUCGGGCAGUACGUAAAGAGACUACACAUCUACAGUCAUUCCGUUUCUCCUAUUACCGCAGAGGUGCUUCGUCGCCUUCCGAACCUCCGUACUCUGAAAGUCGACAGUGAUGGGUUAUCGUCUGUUGCGGAUCACCUGCAUAUCGGGUUGAGCAGUGUGAGGUGUCUGGAUCUCUCGCUCAUGCAGUUGAGAGACCUCUCGACACUGCUCAAGGCGAUCUCAUUGUUUCCCUCAUUGGAACUCCUCAGAUUGGAGAGAGUCGGCUUGCAGGACAACCGCCCUAAAGAGAAAACCUCAGGGCUGUCUGCGGGGUCGGGUAGGGACUGGCGAUACCUCUUUUCCCUGAGUAUCUUCAACCAAGCCCCUAUUGAUUUUGAUUUUGUAGAUGACGAUCCCCCGGUUGAUCGCAAUAACGAGGAUCCCAAUGCCCAGAUUGCGUUUGAGCCUCCGACGGAGUGGAAGAUGCCGUCGCUGCAGGCGUUGCAGAUACGCGUAGAUGAUAAUAUCGUACAGUCGAUAUUGUUGAAUAACCUUAGUGGCAUGACCCCUGCGGCGCAGUUGGGCAAGUUGCGUGCUCUGAGGGUGACGGCGUCGGCUUUGACGUCGUUUGAAGUCAUUCAGCGGCUUUUGGAUAAGGUGCCUACGACACUGGAGGAGUUGGUGAUGUUUACUCGCGCGCUGCCGUAUACGGCUCGACAUAUCGAUAUGAGCAAGCUCACGAAGCUGAGGUCCCUUUACCUACAAGUGUGGAUGAAAUACCCCCGUUCUUCGACGCCAACGCAAGACGAAUACUUCUCAUGGCUUGUCAACAUGUUCACAACCAUGCCGGACUGCGUGCAGAACGUGUACAUGAACGUCAUCUUCGGGACGCAACAAGAGGAUUUCCCGUUGAACGUAUGGUCCAACCUUGGAAAAAUCUUCGCCCAGCAACACCGUAAGACGAAUCUGCAUGUGGUGUUUGGAGAUAAGGAGCUGGAGAACUACGCCCAUUAUUUUCCGAGCCAGACGUAUUUCGAGAAAUCGAUGAAUGUGUGUCUGGGCUCGUUGAAAGGGCAGGGACGUCUGCAGAUCUGGACUGCGCAGGAGUUUAUGUAUCGCGAGAAAGGCACGAAGAAUUUCGCCGUGUUCGUUACACCGGAGUUGAUACUGUCUGCGUGAAUUUCGGGAUAUAAUUUUUUUUUUGGUUAUUAUGGUUACGGCUUUACAGGUGUCGGGGUGCUCCGCCGUUUGUGAUUUCCCGUAGACGGAACAGCGAAUUCGGUAUUUUUAUCUUUUGCUUUUUCAUUUUUUUUCAAAUGGAGACUAUAUCUAUUCAUGUUUCAACUAGCACAUAACGUUACUAUUCUUUUUUUUUUGGCGAAUGGGACCACUUCACUGACGUGUUCA